AGUCUCGCGGAAGGAAGCAGGAGGCCUGGCGUAGUGGGCAUACUUCCGGCGUAGCGGCAGCCGGGGUACGGACGGACGUGCGGUUCCCGAGGCGCGCGACUGACGCCAUGUUCCUGACCGCCCUCCUGCGCCGCAAUCGCAUCCCCGGCCGGCAGUGGAUCGGGAAGCACCGGCGGCCGCGCACUGUGUCCUUUCACGCGAAGGAGAACACGAUCCGUCGCCUGGAAACCGAGGCGGAGAACCACUACUGGCUGAGCAUGCCCUGCCUCAGCGCCGAGCAGGAGUACGGGCAUGCCGCGGCCCGCAGGGCGGCCGCCUUCCGUGCUAUCAAGGCGGCCAGCCAGGCCAAGUUCCCCGCGCACAGAUUCCUCGUCGACCAGCUCAGCCACCUCAGUGUCACCAAGAAGUGGCCCUGACCGGGGCCGCUUCCCUCUCGGCACCUGAUCUGGAACUGGAAAACUAACGUCUAGAAGUGUGAGCCUUUGGACCAUUCGUAAGAAACAGACCGCAGGCGUGAGCACAACGUCUGCAUAGUGUCUGGGCUCCAGCCCUCAGACUCCAGGCUCAUCCCUGGUUUAUCGUGUUUCUUUUUCUUUACCCUCGGAGGAAGAUACCAGGGAUUUGCCUGGGUCACGGACGACGUAAGAUGUAUUUUGGAUGAAAGUUGCAAUAAAGCUGCAGACCAUG